AUGGGAAAACAAAAAAACCCAGAUGGAUUUACCCUUACCCCCCUACUGGCUUAUGAUGUUAUGCAGUCUAAAGUGAACCAUAAGAGAAAUAGUCCAAAUAAGGCUGAAAAUAAAUAUUAUAAAAAACAUCGAAAUCAUCCCAUAGGAAAAAAUAAAAACAUUCCUGAUAUUAUAGAAAUUGACGAUAGUUCUGGAAAAACAUCCAAAGAUUGUAAUUUAAAGUUAAAGGAUUUAAACAUUAUUCUAAAGCCAUUGGUCUUAAAACGGGUUAAAAAUAUUUUUGCUUGUAAUGUUUGUAAUAAAAUAUUUUAUCUUAAAGAUAAAUUAGAAAGCCACAAAGUAGAGGAUCAUUUUUCACCUAGAAGAAAGAACAUUCUUUGUUAUAUUUGUUCUGCAAAAUUUACCUCAGAAGAAGAUUUAUUGGCUCAUAAGGUUAUCCAUUCUAAAGAGACGGAUGAUAAAAAUGAAACCUCAGAAGAAUCAAUUUCCACUUCCUCGACGUCUGAAAGUGAUAAUACUGAUGACAAAAAUCCUUUUUUAAAAACAAAGCGAAGGAAAAGAAAGAGAUCAUCAAUUCCAACGACAGCUUCAGUGAACGAUAAAAGUCGUACUGUGGUUAACGCUAAUGGUUUAACAACAUAUUUUUAUACAGAUAAAGAAGUAUUGGAUCACUUAAAAGUGCUUAAAACGGAUAAUUGUGUAAUAAAAUGUCUUGAAUGCAACCUAAGUUACGAUAAAAGUAGUUUCCUUCAGCAUAUAAACAUGCAUAAUAAAGGCAAGGUUUAUAACUGCCCUAAAUGUAAUGACUCUUUUGAGGACCCAUAUGAAUUACGAAGACAUGGUAUACAAAUACAUAAGGAUAAAAUAACUGCAAGUAAAAGCACAUUAGAAAAGCAAAAUGAAUUGGUAGAUGUUAAUAAUGAAUCAAAGUCAGAAUCACAAGAAAACUUAACAUGCGAGUUGUGUUAUGAUGAAUUCAAAAGCAAUAAUGAGUUAUUAAAACAUAUGGAAUUUCAUAGGGAAUUGGAUGGCAAUAUAACAGAAAAUGAAAAGUUGGAUGGCAGUACAAACCAAGGUGACAUUGGGAAUAAGGAAAUAAGUGUUACAAAUAAAACGGACGAUCCAAAGCAAAUAGGAAAAAAAAUUGGAAAAUGUAUAGAACGCUAUUAUGUAUACGAUCAAAGAACAUUAUCUCCUUUAACUACAGGUGAUAAAGUAAAACCUAGCAAAAAAGAUCUAACCUCAAAAAUUAAAAAUGUAUACGAUCAAAGAACAUUAUCUCCUUUAACUACAGGUGAUAAAGUAAAACCUAGCAAAGAAGAUCUAACCUCAAAAAUUAAAAAUAUUUUAAAUACUACCACAAAACAAACAAUGUUGAUUGAACCAGUACCAUUAAAGCGCAACACAAAUAAAAAGACAAUAAGAACAUACGUAAAAAGUGAUAAUUUAUCUAAUUUAAAACCAUCUAAUAAAAUUUUGUCUACAUAUGGGGUAAAAAAAGUAAAGAAACAUUUGGAUUCAAAUACUUUACCAAGUACUUCAAAUCAGCAUCCAACUGUUUCACCAUCAAUUAAUUUAUUACCUAUUUUAGAAACUGAGCCUACAUCCAAAAUUUUAAAUAUAUUAAAUAAGCAAGACGAUGAUAGAUCUAUUGUUAAAAAACAACAGCCUACUUUAGAAACUCAGCCAUCUACGUCUGGGAUUCAAAAUACCAAUGUUGGUUCAAAAACAACAUUAAAUCAGGAAGAAAGUGAUAUAUCUAGUCUUAGAUCUAUUAGAACUGUACCAAGUGUUUCUGGGCAGCCUACCUUAUCGUUUGGGAUUCAAGAUACAAAUUUGAGUCCAAAAACAAAAAUCUGUUCUACACCGAGUACUUUACAUCAGCAAGAUAGAUCUGUUAUUACCUAUUUUAUAAAACCAACUACAACCAGUGUUCCUUUGUCACAACCUAUAUUAAUUUCUCAACCAUCUACCCCUGUUACAAGCUCCCAAUUUCAAAAUACUCCACAAAUCUAUGACAUACCGUCCAGUUCGUCUUCGACAACUGAAACCUCAUCCAUAAUUCAAAAAGUUCCAAAUGAUUCAGAGAAGUUAACAUGUGAAGCAGCAACCUCGGUGUUUACUAGCAUGGAUGCUUAUCCCAUACAAUCGAUUGAAAAACAUAAUAACAAAGACGAUACUCAAGCAGUUUCCAGCAUUGACAAUAUUUGCGGUGCUAACGAAAACGACAAUGAAGUUCCUGAGGUGAGCGUAUCAGAAAAAAAUCAAAAUCAAUUUACCGUUCCCGUUAUUUCUGAAGUUACGAGUAUGGCGAUUGAUUCUAUAGAUCUGCUUGACGACGAUGAUGAUAAUAAUGCUAUGUCAACAAAACAAAGUUCAGAAAAUGAUAGUGAUAAUGGACUGGUUAUUGAUGACAAUAAUUACAUCAAUAAAAUGUCCAUUACUGAUAUUAAAAGUUUAGCAAACGAUAAUCCUACUUCUAAAGGUAAGAGUGCAAAUACAGAUAUUGAAGAACUAAUACAAGGACAAUCUGUUGAAAACACAAGUGCAGUUGAUGGUGCCGAUAAGAAUAAGAAAAUUGAAUCUCAAACUGCAACAUUCCCCAUGAAAUGUGAUUGUGGAAUAGUUAUUACUCAAUAUAAGGAUUGGACAAAGCAUUACAUGUUUAAUAAAUCGUGUUCCAUUGAAAACUGCGAUUAUAAAGCAUGUAAAGAAACUUUUCUUAAAUUACACUAUUUAAAACAUGACCGUCAUUAUUGCGAUUAUUGCGGAUCUUUGCACGAUAAUCGAAAUGUAUACCUGACCCAUGUAGCAGAAAAUCAUGUUUGCAAAGAGUGCCAAGGAAGAAUUAAAGGAGAUAAGGAAUUGCAUUUGUUAACUUGUUCCAAAUAUCUAAUCGAACAACAAAAUAAAAUGCAAGUUAAUAAAUUACAAAACAAUGAACUUGAACCUUUAACUACUAGAGAAACUGAUAAAACUAAAAAUGUUAUUGAAAAACAAUUAGAACCUAGUUUUAACAAAGAAGUAAAUACACCAACUAAGGAAAGCUCAAAAAAUGAAAGUUCUAAUUUGCAAGAUAAAGAAGAGAAUGUGAAUGAAGAGAAUGUAAAUGAAGAGAGUGGGAAUGAAGAGAAUGCGAAAGAAAAAGGUAAAAAGUGGAAAUUCCCUAUGAAAUGUGUAUGCGGUUUUUACAUAGCAAAAUAUAGAAAUUGGAGGAGACAUUACAAGCAAUGCACAGUUGAUGGAUGUAACGCUCUUCUCUGUAAGCCUGUUUUGCAAAAAAUACAUUAUCUUAAUGAACACAAUAUAUACUAUUGCUUUGUCUGUGAUUUAAAGUCAUAUAAUAGAAGUGCACAUUUACAACACAAUAUAACCGAACAUAUUUGCAAUAAGUGUAAAAGAUAUGUUGGAAAAAAAAUGGAAGAUCAUUUACCGGUUUGCAAGGCCAAACCUGAUAUAAAUUUAAAUACGAAACCAACAUCCGGUUCCGAGACAGAAAAUUAGGAUUAAGUUUAUGUUUGUUGUAACUAUAAACCAUUGUUUUAGUUUUGUUUUAGUUUCAAGUUAAUAUUACGCUUAUUAUAACCAACACACAAUUUUAUUAAACUUAUUUAGUUAUUCA